GACCGAGUCGACCUAAGUCGCCGAGCAAGGGAGAACUCAUCGCCAACAGCAUCCCGAUUACUCUCAAUCGCACACUGUUUGCGUGUCGCGUUCUCUCUGAGAUCCCACCAAACGGACAUCGAUCGAAUCGCACUCCCUGGUGUCGCCGCGUCAGCCGCCUAUCUUGACUAGAGCCGCUCGACGCUACUUAAACCUGGCCAUACCCACCUCCCAACUCACUUCGCCAUCGACUGCCCUGAGUUCACCCGCGCGAUACAGCACUGGCAAGUUGCAGCCAUGGCGUCGGUGUCGUCUUUGGACAAGGACCUGCGCAAGCUGCGCCUCGACAAGUACACGCCCGCCGCCGCGAACGAGGCCAAACAAUGGAUCGAAGACAUCCUGGGCGAGAGGCUGCCGCCCGGUGACCUGCUCGACGUCCUGAAGGAUGGCGUGGCCCUCUGCAAGCUCGUCAACCUCUCUGUCGGACCUCCCGGCGUAAAGUUCAAGAAAUCCCCGAUGCCCUUCGUCCAGAUGGAAAACAUCUCACACUUCCUGCGCGCAUGUCAGCAGCCGCCCCUCAACCUCCAACAACACGACAUGUUCUUGACCGUCGACCUCUACGAGCAGAAGGACCCCGCCCAAGUGCUCCAAUGCAUCGGCGCCUUCAGCCGUGCCGCACACACCGUCAACCCCUCGGCAUUCCCUACCUCGAUUGGCCCACGAAGCUCCCGAGCAGGCGUCGUAAGCCCCCAAUCGACCGGCCCAACCACGCCCACCGGUCUCCGCGGCCGCGGAGUGUCCAACGCAAGCAACACGUCGUCCCUCUACGGCAAGCCUACCAUGGCGGCCAAGACGGGCGACUCCAGUUCUGGCCGCUGGAGUCCCACUAAGUCGCCCACACAGGGCAACUCCAGCCCGCCACCCCCAGUCAGCAGCUGGAGCAAGAAAGAGCACGAAGGCGCUACGUCGCCGGCCUGGAACAUCGCGCAGUACGGAUACAUGGGCGGCGCGAGCCAGGGAAACCUCGGCAUCGCCUUUGGAGGGCGUCGGCAGAUUACUAGCGCGGGUCCCUAUGUACCGAGCUUGGCCGAGAAGGAGAAGAGGAGAAAAGAGCAGGAGGCUGAAGCCGAGCGACAGCGACAGGAGGAGGAACGCCGGCGCAAGGCGGAAAUCGAGGCCGAAGAGGAGCGGGCCCGGAUGGAGGAGGAGCGCAGGUGGGAAGAAGAGACUCGCCGUUUGCGAGAGGAAGAGCGCAAAAGAAUCGAAGAAGAAAAGCGACGGUGGGAAGAGGAGGAGCGGCAGUGGAAGCUGACCGAGGAAAAAAGGCGCAGGGAGGAGGAAGAGGCCGAGGCUCGAUUGAGGGAGGGGCGUCAAGCGGCGCGCGGCGAGAAGAGCAAUUCCCAGUUGCGCGGGCAGUAUCUCAGCCAGUACCAAGCUGAGCAGGAGUCACCCGACAAGGCGCGCAUAAGGGAGCUCGAGGAGCAGCUUGAGCGGGCUCGCCAACGCGAGGCCGAGUAUCAAAGGGAACGCCAGGGACGCUCUCUCCGGCCUGGAACCAGCGAUGGCGAUCGUAAGAAGGCGCGGUCGCGGUCGCGCAGCCGACCCGCCGAGAAACCAGUCUCCCGGCAGGAUUCUUGGAGCGUGCGUGAUGAGCGCAAUUUCCUCGUCACCCAGUGGACACAUCAUCAGCAGCAACUAGAGCAGCACGACGAAGAGUUCGACGAGGCACUAUCCCCACCACCCCUUGCCUCACCACGACCACUUCCAGACCCCACCACCGCCGCUGCCAAGGUUAAGACCCAUCGGACAGGCGAAGCGCCGCCCGCUCUCCCCAUGCGAAAGCAGCACACCGGCUCGCGGCCGCUUCCGGACCCGGUGGCAGCACCACCGGCCCUCCCAGUCCGGAAACAGCACACCGGCUCGCGCCCCCUCCCAGAUCCCGCUGCGUACGCAUCCAUCACCUCCCCCGACACUUCACGACAGCGCCAGCAACAACCACCAACACCCUCCGCGCCUCAACAACAACAACACAGCCCCUUAACCCUCCCCCGCACCGACCGCUUCCCCGCCACCAUCAAUCAUCCUCCCGCCCAACCACGGGGCCUCAAAAUGUCCCUGCUAGAGCGCGAGAUGGAGAUGGAAAGGCAGCGCCAGCGCGAGUGGGAGGAGGCGCAAAAGGAGACGGCCGCCAAGGCGGCUGCAAGGUCCAAGGAGGAUGGCGGCGGCGGCGUUGAUGGUAUCGGAGGUGGAAUCGGGGGAAGGUGGGAUGUCAGUCAGUGGACGGGUUAUACGGGCGGGGACAGCCAGAAUAAAGGGGCGCACGGCAUUGGGGCUGGCAGGAGGCAGAUUGUGGGGCCUAGGCCGUUGCCGAAUCCGCCGAAGUAAAUAAAUACCUAGGUCGAUAUCCUACUAGGUGUCUGGGCUGAGGUCGGGGUUUGGUUUGGGUUGGGGGUUGCGGUUGUGAUUUGCUGUUUGUGAAAGGUUGGAGUUGGAGGGGAGGAUAUCUGACUUUAGAGUAGUGAUACAUCUAUCUGGCUAUAGUAGCUGAAUCAGAUUCGGUUCGCUUCUUGCG